AUGUAUGAAAUGCUUUAAUACAGUAAUGUUUUACUAUGUGAUUUUAGUGUAUUUAGUGAAUGUCACUUUUUCACAUUUUUAAAUUUCCCGCCGUUCCGUUUCCGUACGUCCCGACGUUGCAGGGAACGGAACCCAGAAGACAGAUGCCGGCAUCGGCCGGAGGACAUUGCCGGGGACACUGCACGAGGGACAUCGCAGGAGCGCAGGACAAGGUAAGAGAAGAGAUCCCGGAGCAAUGCUGCAAGGUAUUCCCGAGUGUAGCUCGGGGUUACCGCUUGUGGUGCUGAAACUUUACCCCGAGCUACACUCGGGAAUACCGCCAGGGAGGUUAAUGCAUUACCAGAAUUAA